GUUGCUUCCAUUUCAGUUUCAGCAUUUUGUUUAGUUUUGUUUUUUUCCUAGACAGCAAUUAUGGUUCAGCUUCCUCCAAACGCGAGUCUUCCCUGCUGUUUGCUUUAUAAAACACCUCACACUCACCCUUCUCACAAACAUCACAAUCUAUACAACUAGGAAAUCUACAACCCCCUCUUCUCUUCUCCUCUCCUCUCAGACACAACACAAAACAUAAGUUACAGAGAGGAAACUACUACUACCAACUUUAAUUAAGCACCAAGUCCAAGAGGGAAAAAUAAUAAUAAAAAAAAGGAAUGGGUCGCAGUAGCAUAGACAUGGAUAAGGAGAGAUUGACGGCUGAGAUGGACUUUAAGGACUCGUCCUCGGCCGUCAUCAAAAUCCGGCAACGGUUGCCGGAUUUCCUUCAGUCGGUGAAGUUGAAGUACGUGAAGUUGGGAUACGGGUACUCAUGCAACGCCGCCACCAUUGUGAUGGUGGCCAUAGCGGUGCCCCUCUUGCUGUCUCUCACGGGUCUAAAGCUCCACCACCUCUCCCAACUCGAUACCGAGACCCUCGCCGGUUCAGCGCUCCUCCUCUUCCUCCUGGCUCUGUACCGAGCGAAGAGGUCCCCACCGGUUUACCUGGUGGACUUCGCCUGCUACAAGCCGGAGAAGGAGCGCAAAAUCUCGGUGGACGGGUUCCUGAAGAUGACAGAGGAGAGUGGAGCCUUCGAGGAAGAGUCGCUUCAAUUUCAGCGGCGGGUUUCAACGAAAGCGGGUUUGGGGGACGAAACGUACCUUCCAAGAGGAAUCACUUCUCGGCCACCGAAUCUGUGCAUGGCGGAAGCGCGUUUGGAGGCAGAGGCGGUGAUGUUCGGAGCACUGGACGCGGUUUUCGAGAAAACGGGGGUUGAACCCAAAGACAUUGACAUUCUGGUGGUGAAUUGCAGCUUGUUCAACCCAACGCCGUCUCUGUCGGCGAUGAUUGUUAAUCACUACAAGCUGAGGAGCAACAUAAAGAGCUACAACCUUGGAGGAAUGGGUUGCAGCGCAGGACUUAUUUCCGUUGACCUUGCCAAAGACCUUCUGAAAGCGAACCCCAAUUCCUAUGCUGUGGUGGUGAGCACUGAGAACAUAACCCUCAACUGGUACUUCGGAAACGACCGCUCCAUGCUCCUCUGCAACUGCAUUUUCCGAAUGGGCGGGGCGGCGAUACUCCUCUCCAACAAGGCCUCGGAUCGGGCCCGGUCCAAGUACGAGCUAGCCCACACCGUCCGAACCCACAAGGGGGGCGAUGACAAGAACUACAACUGCGUGUACCAGAAAGAGGACGAUAAGGGACAAAUUGGGGUGUGUUUGGCGAGGGAGCUUAUGGCCGUGGCCGGUGACGCCUUGAAGACAAACAUAACAACGUUGGGUCCACUGGUCCUUCCCUUUUCGGAGCAGUUCAUGUUCUUCCUUUCUCUUGUUCGCAGGAAGCUUCUUAAGCAGACAUGGGUUAAGCCCUACAUUCCCAACUUCAAACUAGCUUUCGAGCAUUUCUGCAUCCACGCUGGGGGCAGAGCCGUUCUCGACGAGUUGCAGAAGAAUCUUCAACUCACUGAGUGGCACAUGGAACCGUCUCGUAUGACUCUUCACCGCUUCGGUAACACUUCCAGCAGCUCUCUCUGGUACGAGCUCGCCUACACCGAGGCCAAGGGUCGGGUCUCCAAGGGGGAUCGGGUCUGGCAGAUCGCAUUCGGGUCGGGUUUCAAGUGUAACAGCGCCGUUUGGAAGGCACUUCGUGACAUCAACAUCCCCGUCUUGAGGGACUGGCGUGGCAACCCCUGGGAUGACUCCGUCCAUCGCUACCCCGUCCCCGUCCCCACCGCUUCCGCUUAGAUUUCAAUAAAUUUAUUUUUAUUUACAGCCUUUCCCUUUACCGGUUCCGGUUUUUGUUUUCUCCUUCCUGGUGAAACUUAUUAUGCAUCCUCUGUCAAUUUGUCAAUGGAAAACAAACUAAAGUUCUUGUUUAUAUAUUUUAUCAAAGUAAUAUAAUUUUCAAUACAGUU